AUGCUGGGCUCUAUUCUCUCUCGUCGCUCUGCGGUGCCUAUGCGCGCCAUGCAGCCUAUGAGCCUGCCGCGCGUGGUGCCUGCUAUGGCUCGUGGUAUGGCCUCGAGCUCUGAUCCGUACGAUGUGGUGAUCAUUGGUGGCGGCCCUGGUGGUUACGUGGCUGCUAUUAAGGCUGGCCAGCUCGGUCUGCGCACAGCAUGUAUCGAGAAGCGUGGCAGCCUCGGUGGUACUUGCUUGAAUGUGGGCUGUAUUCCGUCGAAGUCGCUGCUCAACAACUCGCACAUCUACCACGACACGCUGCACAGUUUCAAGAAGCGUGGUAUUGAUGUGAGCGGCGUGGAACUGAACCUGCCCAACAUGCUUAAGGCCAAGGAGAAGUCUGUCACCUCCCUGACCAAGGGUAUUGAGGGUCUGUUCAAGAAGAACAAGGUGGACUAUAUCAAGGGUAUGGCCAGCUUUGCGUCGCCUACCCAGCUGGACGUGGAGCUGCUCGACGGUAACAAGACGCAGGUCGAAGCAAAGAACAUUAUUAUCGCGACUGGCAGUGAGGUGGUGCCUUUCCCUGGUGUGGAGAUUGAUGAGAAGCAGAUUGUCAGCUCCACGGGCGCGCUUUCGCUGGAGAAGGUCCCGGAGAAGAUGGUCGUGAUCGGUGGUGGUGUGAUCGGUCUUGAACUGGGCAGCGUGUGGCACCGCCUGGGUGCGGAAGUGUCUGUGGUGGAGUUCCAGGACGCCAUUGGUGGCCCGGGUGUCGACGGUGAGGUCGGCAAGCAGUUCAAGAAGACGCUCGAGAAGCAAGGUCUCAAAUUCUAUCUGGGCACCAAGGUGUCGACCGUGGAGAAGAACGGUGACAAGGUCACUGUCAAGGCGGAGUCCAAGAGCGAUGGCAAGGCUGUCGACUUUGAGGCGGAUGUGGUGCUUCUUUCGAUCGGUCGUCGUCCGGUCACUGAGGGCCUGAACCUGGAGGCCGUGGGUGUUGAGGUCGACAAGAAGGGUCGUGUCGUGGUGGACGACGAGUACAACACGUCGUGCAAGGGUGUCAAGUGCAUUGGUGACGCCACCUUUGGUCCUAUGCUCGCGCACAAGGCCGAGGAGGAGGGCAUUGCGGCCGUGGAGCUGAUUAAGAAAGGGUUUGGCCACGUGAACUACGAUGUGAUUCCUUCGGUGGUGUACACCUAUCCGGAGGUCGCUUGGGUCGGUAAGACCGAGGAGGCGCUCAAGGAAGAGGGCGUCGAGUACAAGAUUGGCAAGUUCCCCUUCCUUGCCAACUCGCGUGCGAAGACCAACGAUGAGACGGAGGGCUUUGUGAAGUUUAUCGUGGAGAAGGAGACGGACCGUGUGCUGGGUGUACACAUUAUUGGCCCGAACGCCGGUGAGAUGAUUGCGUCGGCGUGCUUGGCGAUGGAGUACUCGGCCAGUGCCGAGGACAUUGCUCGCACGUGCCAUGCUCACCCGACGCUCUCGGAGGCGUUCAAGGAGGGUGCUAUGGCCGCCUACGACAAGCCGAUCCACUUCUAA